AUGGUGCAGCAAGAUUCGCAAGUCCCAGAAGCAACGCUUAUCGAUUUGGAUGACAAGGAUGAUCAAGAUUCUCAACCGGUGACAACUAGUAGCAUAGACCACAAUGCCGUUAAUCAGGAUCAAGCUUACAUUGACGCCUUGUAUUCAAUAAAAGAGACUGAGUUACCUUUGUAUUCUAUUGUUUGCAAUGGUGUUGUUGUAAGUGCCCUGAUUGAUAGUGGUGCUACAUGUUCAUAUGUCUCGUCACACGUGGUCAUGGGUCAAACUCGAAGGAAGGUGCCUGGUCGUGCUGUUGAAACUGCUGGUGGACACACAUUGUCGAUUGAUGAACAAGUGACGUUGGUGUUGGAUGCUGCGGGGUACAAGCACAGCGUCGAUGCCUUUGUGUUGGAUACCGAUUUGACAUUAUCCUCGGACGCGACUGGUUUGAAAGCUGUAGAUCAAUACCAGCAUGGGAUGUCGACACUUGGCAAAUCAACAAGAAUGGUCAUCAGUAUUUGCUUCGUCCCAAACAUGAACGCACCUUUCCCGAUUUGGCCUACCUACUUUCAGAUCGGCAACUACAACGACAUGAUCGCCUCAAAGGAUCUCCGAGUUCUAUCUUUGCUAUCACAUAUCAUUGACACUGGAGAUGCCGAACCAAUCAAUCGACCACCCUUCAAGAUGAGCCCUUUGGAGCUGGACGAGUUGCGCAAACAACUAAAAGAAUUGUUAGACUUACGUCUAAUUCGCCCUAACACAUCACCUUGGGGGGCACCUGUUCUUUUUGUGCGCAAGAAGUCCGGUGAAUUACGCAUGUGUAUCGAUUAUCGCGCCAUCUUGAUUACUCGACGUCAUGGUCAUCCUUUGCCUCCAGAAUCGAUGAAUGCUUGGAACGUCUCGGUGGUGCCCAUGCUUCCACAAGUCUCGAUUUGA